AUGGCGGAUAAAUCCAUUCAGCAAGCACUUGGGGUUGUGGAGAAUGUAUUGGUAAAGGUGGACAAAUUUUUCCUCCCAGCUGACUUCGUCAUCCUAGACAUAGAGGAAGAUGACAAUACUCCCAUCAUUCUAGGGAAGCCCUUCUUAGCUACUGCCAGGGCAUUGAUAGAUGUUGAAAAAGGAGAAUUAAUGCUGAGGGUGCAUGAAGAGCAUAUAAUGUUCCAUGUCUUCAAGAAUUUGCAAGAUUCCACCCAAGAAGAAGAGUGUGAUGAAACAGAGAGCCCUAGAGCAAGUUGGCAACUCAAGUUGCCAACUCCAACAGAAAGUAUCCAACUCAAGUUAGCAACUCCAACGCAAGAUCCUUGGCUCCAUGAAGAAGAAGAGCAAGUUGGCAACUCAAGUUGCCAACUCCAACAGUAA